CGAGCUUGCGAUCUGCUCCGUGCCGAGCAGCUGAGGCACCGCUCCGUGCCGCUGCCGUGCAGGAUGCCGCGGGAGACCGAUCGCCCCUCGCUGCGGGGGCGCCGCGGCCGCCGCCCCAGGCUCCUGGAGAUGCUGCCAGCUGCCCUGCUCCUCCCUGCCUGAGCCAGCACAGGAUGGAAGCGACCAGCAUCAGCUGGGCACAGGACCCUUCGCCAGCUGCUGAGACCUCAUCCCCCUGCAGAUGGGAGUUACAAAUGUGCCUGUGAGCCACACGUGUGGCACAGGCCCCUGCGCUGCCAGACCUCUCACGCCGAAGCCCAGGGCCACCACAGGACAGGCAGGCGCUGGCCACAGCAGCUCCUCCUCUUAACUCCUCUGAAACCAUCGCUGGAAGUUUCUCUUUGCUCCCUGUGGGUGCCAGCUGUGGGUGCCAGCUGUGGGUGCCCGUGCCCUGUGCCCCACUGUGGGGCUGCUGCCGAGGUGGGCAGCAGGCUGUGUGUGACCUUGCUCCCUGCUGUGACUUUGCUCCCUGGUGAGACUCUACUCCCUGCUGUGCCCCCUGUCCCUGGCCAGACCUGUGGCAGCUGAGCUGGGACCUGUGUGGCUCUGUCCCCAGGGACAAAUGCCAGCUGCCAGACUCUUGUCUGGAGAGCCAGGAGCAGCCUGUGAGGCAGCGGCACCGAUCACUCCUGCGCUGAGAGCGGGUGGCCCGGGAUGCCUGUUGGCACAGAUGUGACUCCAGCCCACUGGGACUGCAGAGGACAGCAUGCAGCAGGGAUGGAGCUGCUCUGCACUGGCUGCUGAGCCCCACGCUGCUGCUGCUGCUGCUGUGGACUGUCCCCUUCUCGUCUCCUAAAGGAUGCUGGUUGCCUGUCCAACAGCUGCUGCUCAUGCAGCCUGCUAGAGAACGAUGGCAAAGGGUCUGCAGGGCUUCUCAUGGACCAUGCUGCUGCUGCUCUGUGCCAUCCAGGAGCUGGGCACCUGGGCCACGCACACUGCAGUGGAGGGCCCUGGCCUGGGGCAGCCAGGGGACCCUGCGCUGCUGGCCGGCGGGCGAGUGAAGCGUGGCUGGGUCUGGAACCAGUUCUUUGUGGUGGAGGAGUACACAGGCACCGAGCCACUCUAUGUGGGGAAGAUCCACUCGGACUCGGACGAGGGGGACGGCUCCAUCAAGUACACGAUCUCCGGGGAGGGCGCCGGGACCAUCUUCCUCAUCGAUGAGAUCACAGGGGACAUCCACGCCACCGAGCGCCUGGACCGGGAGCAGAAAACCUUCUACACGCUGCGGGCGCAGGCCCGCGACCGGCAGACGGACCAGCUGCUGGAGCCCGAGUCCGAGUUCAUCAUCAAGGUGCAGGACAUCAACGACAGCGAGCCGCGGUUCCUCGAGGGGCCCUACAUCGGCAGCGUGGCCGAGCUCUCCCCCGUCGGCACCUCAGUGAUGCAGGUGAUGGCAUCUGACGCCGAUGACCCCACCUAUGGGAGCAGUGCCCGGGUAGUCUACAGCGUGCUGGAGGGGGAGCAGCACUUCACCGUGGACAGCAAAACAGGUGUGAUCCGGACGGCCGUGGCUGACCUGGACCGCGAGACGCAGGACCGGUACGAGGUGGUGAUCCGUGCCACGGACAUGGCAGGGCAGCUGGGCGGCCUCUCCGGCUCCACCACGGUCACCAUCGUGGUCACUGACGUCAAUGACAACCCCCCACGCUUCCCCCAGAAGAUGUAUCAGUUCAGCGUUGUGGAAACCGCCCCUGUGGGCACUGCCAUCGGGAGGGUGAAGGCAGAGGACUCUGACGUGGGGGAGAACACAGACAUGACCUACCAGGUGAAGGAUGAGGAGGGGAUGGAGAUGUUCAGGGUCACCACGGACAGCGACACCCAAGAGGCUGUCAUCAUGGUACAGAAGCCUCUCGACUAUGAGUCAAAGAAGGUGCACACCGUGGUGGUGGAGGCCCUCAACAAGUUCGUGGACCCACGGUUCGUGGACCUGGGCACCUUCCGGGACCAGACCAUUGUGCGAGUCUCGGUGCUGGACGUCGACGAGCCCCCCGAGUUCCGACCCCCCUCCAACCUGAUGGAGGUCCAGGAGGACGCCCACGUUGGCUCUGUCGUGGGGGUGGUCACAGCCCUGGACCCAGACACAGCAAACCAUCCUGUCCGGUACGCCAUCGACCGCAGCACCGACGCAGAGAGGAUCUUUGACAUCGACGCCAACACAGGUGCCAUCGUGACAGGAAAGGUCCUGGACAGGGAGACUGCAGGGUGGCACAACAUCACUGUCCUGGCCAUGGAAGCAGAUAAUCACUCACAGGUGUCGAGAGCCUCCCUCCGUAUCCGGAUCCUGGACGUCAACGACAAUCCUCCUGAGCUCGCCACCCCCUAUGAAGCUGCUGUGUGUGAGGAUGCCAAGCCAGGCCAGCUGAUCCAGACAAUAAGCGUUGUGGACCGCGAUGAGCCUCAGGGUGGCCACCGUUUCUACUUCACACUGGCCCCUGAAGCUACCAACAACCACCACUUUUCUCUGCUGGAUAUUCAGGACAACACCGCAGCGGUGCACACGCAGAGAAUGGGGUUCAACCGGCAGGAGCAGGACGUGUACCUGCUCCCCAUUUUGGUAGUGGACAGCGGUCCCCCAGCCCUCAGCAGCACGGGGACCCUGACCAUCCGCGUCUGCGGCUGCGACAGCGACGGAGCUAUCCAGUCCUGCAACAGCACUGCCUACAUCGUGUCGGCCACGCUCAGCCCCGGAGCCCUCAUCGCGCUGCUGGUGUGCGUCCUCAUCCUGGUCGUGCUGGUCCUUCUGAUUCUCACCCUGAAGAGGCACCACAAAAGCCAUCUGGCAGCCGAGGAUGAUGAGGACAUGAGGGACAAUGUCAUCAAAUACAACGACGAAGGGGGUGGCGAGCAGGACACGGAGGCCUAUGACAUGUCAGCCCUGCGCAGCCUCUAUGACUUCAGUGAGAUCAAAGGUGGCGAUGGAGGUGGGGGGCCAGGAGAAGGGGUCCUGAGCAGAAACCCAGCCUCCCAGCUCCAUUCCCUCCCACAGUGGGUGCAGAGCCCAGACCUGGACUUCUCCGUGUUCAGAGACUAUAUCUGCAGGAAGGUGCAGCAGGCAGACGAGGACCUCUCUGUGCCACCCUAUGACUCCUUCCAGACCUACGCCUUCGAGGGCUCAGACUCCCCCGUGCCCUCCCUGAGCUCCAUCAACACGUGGUCCAGCGGCUCAGAGCAGGACUUCUCCUACCUGGGGGGCUGGGGGCCGCGGUUCCGGCAGCUGGCGGCGCUGUACGCUGGGCGCAGGGGCGAGGAGGACAGCGAGGAGUCCUAGACACCCUGCCAGCCCCUGAUGCCCCCUGCACCAGGGCUCCACGCCGUGAAGGGGACAGCCUGUGCCACCAGCUGGGCUCUACAGGCGCUGGGCAGCAGCACAGGACCAAGGAGCACCGGGCAAUGAUGUGCUCCUUGGCCACCGCCUCCCGUCCCGGGGGACCUCUGACCUGCACAACGAGGCUGGAGAGCCCAAAGGAGCUGCUGCAGCCAUCCUCAUCUCCCUAUCAGCAGUCUCCACUGAAGCACUACCCGUUAAUUUAAGAAAGAAAAUGUAGCUCCAGAUAGCUUGGAGGGGCUUUCUGCCCCUGCAAAUUAUCAUUUCAAUAGAUCUGCUCAGUGAGCCCAGUUCAGGAGAGGAAGAGUAAACCGGGAGCCUUUUGUUGUCUAAAUUGUUUUUGUCACUUGAGUCAGAGCAUCUGACGUGCUUUGAUUUCUGUGGGAGCUCUCCUUGCAGAGGGGACAGCUUUUAACAUUUGCUGUGGUUUUGGAGCCCUCUGCUCUCUGCCCCUGGGCUCCUGGGCAGUGCCCGGCAGGUGGCACAGUGUGGGAGAGAUCGUGUUUGGGUGCAGGCUCCACAGUCACGUCCUGCCACGGGGUGACUGCUGCCCUGCAGCCCACCUCAAAACAUACUCCCCCACCCCGCCCCCGAGCUGCAGCUUCCUCGCUGCUCAGUGCUUAGGCCUUUCAAAGAGGCUGGUGAUGUGAUGGAGCUCUCUCUUUCCCACCAAGCAGGCAUCGUCUGCAAGGUCCUCAUGUGCACCACAGCCCUGGAGGCAGAUGGGGACAUCCUGCCUGCUGCUGAAGCAUGGUGCUAUAGCCUGAGCCAUGGUGCUGGGGAGUGGCACACCCUAGGCUGGCUUUGUCACCCUCGUGGGGCCAGCUGGGCCAGGGUGGGCUGCACAGUGCAGAGGUCAGUGCACCCUGGCCAUCAUUUGGGGGUGAGGAGAGCUGCAUCCCAGUGAGAGAACUAUGCUGUAAGGCAUGAGGGGACUCCAGUUCCCUGUUCUGGGGGGAUAAUUCCUGCUUACACCCAGCUGACAGUAAAGCAUCACCAUGGCAAUAGAAAACCAUCCCCAGGAUACAUGCCUGAGGCCAGAUCCUGC